AUGACUCGUGUUGUUUGGAAUGAUACUAUUAUUCCAGAAGAUUUUGAAACUGAGUGGCAUUCAAUAAUGUCUACUUUUGGAUUAGAAAAUCAUAAAUGGUUAAAAGAUAUGUACGAUCUUCGAUUUGAUUGGAUACCCUCUUAUUACAAUGGAGAGAAUUUGGCUGGUCUUAUGCGUACUACGUCUAGAUGUGAAAGCGAGAAUUACUUCUUUGGACAGUUUUGUAAUCCAAGAUGUACACUUGUUGAAUUUUUCACUCAUUUUGAGACUGCAAUGGAUCCUCCUAGGCAUGAGCAUAGGAGGAAUGAUCAUGAUACAAGGUAUACUCAGUCUAAGAUGUGGAGUGACUUUGUACUGGAGAAACAAGCAUCAGAAAUAUAUACCAAAACAAUUUUUCAAGAUAUUCAGAUUAAAAUUGAUGCUGCCAUUACGAAGUGUAUGUCAAAGACUCAUGAUACUGGGGUUCAAUACAACAAACAAGAAGAUGGUUUAAGUAUAUGUUGUACUUGCAAACGGUUUGAACAAUUUGGUAUAUUGUGCCGCCAUAUAUUUUAUGUUCUACGGUAUGAUGAUAUAAUUGAGUUUCCUAGAAGAUAUGUUCUCAGAAGAUGGAUGAGAGAUGUUGUUUCAAAUGGCACAAUUCAUUGUAAUAUUCGGUUUGAUGAGAUUGGUAGGAGUAAUGAAAUUGAUAAAGUUUUUAGAGAAAUCACUGUAGCAAAUAAAUGUGUGGUUAAUAUUGAUAAAGCUGAUGAGGUUAUGGUCGUUGUGCCGCCGCCUAGUUGCAAAGAUAGGUUUGCUGAUAUGGGAGGAAACCUAGAAAAGUCUGAUUCUAUGAUUCGUGUCACGAUCAAAAUAAGGACAAAAGGAUGCAGUGUACAAAAAAGGAUAAAGUCUAAUCGUGAGAUUGCAAUUCAGAAAUCUUCAAAGAUCCAGAAAUCGUGUCGUGUAUGUGGUGGAAAAGGACAUAACAGUCGUACAUGUAAAGAGAAGGUUUCUUCUACUGCUAUUGGGUCUAUCAAUACAAUGUAA